AUGCAGAGCUCGGUUGAUGGGUGCACGAAACUUCUUCUUGACAAGCUGCACGAAUUUGCGGAUAAGCAAGAGGUAGUUGAUAUUGGGCCUUGGCUGCAAUGGUAUGCCUUCGAUGUGAUUGGUGCCAUCACUUUCAGUCAACGAUUUGGAUGCUUAGAGUCUGGAAGCGAUGUCGGUGGUUUAAUCUCUGGCAUCGAAGAUGCGCUCAAAUACGUCGGAGUCGUAGGACAAUUGCCAGAGCUACAUCCCUGGUUGAUUGGAAAUGCUAAGCUUAUAACCACAAUUCAGAAAUUAGUUCCCGGUGUUUCUCCAGUCCCAAAUAUUAUAAAGAUUAUCGAGAGCCAAAUCAAAAAGUAUGAUCUGGAAGGAAAGUACUAUCAGAGCAAGAAAGAAGAUUUCUUGGCGUAUUAUAUGGGCGAUUCUGUCACUGGAAAGGCUCGCAUGGAUCACGAUGAUCUUGUCGGCCAUUGCUUAGGCAGCGUAUUUGCUGGUAGUGAUACAACUGCAAUCGCUCUCAGGGCAAUAUUUUAUUAUCUUCUUAGAAAUCCACGCGCUUACGCAAAGUUAAUGGCUGAAAUAGACAAUGGAAUCUCCGCCGGUCAUGUCUCUGAAUUGGCAACGCUAGACAAUUCGAUGAAAAUGCCGUACCUCCAAGCAUGCAUGAAAGAAGGGAUGCGUUUACAUCCUAUUGUUGGUCAAGUUCUCGAGCGCUGUGUUCCAAAAGGAGGAGAUUACCUUUCCGGGCAUUAUCUUCCUGAAGGCACAAUUGUUGGUAUUCACGCGUGGGUAAUACACCACGAUCCCAACAUUUUCGGCGAAGACCACGAAGACUUCAGGCCCGAGAGAUGGAUUGAAAAUUCUACAGAAAAGUUGAAAACCAUGGAGCAAUGCUUCCUGGCUUUCGGUGCCGGGUCCAGGGUUUGUUUAGGCAUCCAUCUCUCUAUGAUGGAAAUGGGGAAAUUAAUCCCAGCCAUUCUUCACAAUUUCCAGCUAGAAUGGGCGUAUCCCGAAAAGGACUGGAAACUGGAAACUGUGUGGUUCACAAAGCAGACGGAUCUUUUUGUCCGCCUCAAGACUCGGCAAAAAACUGAUGCAGAGGCUUGA